GAGGAGGAGGAGGAGGAGGAGGAGGAGGAGGAGGAGGAGCCCCGCGUGCUCCUCGAGGAGGAGGCCGCGGCGAGCGCCCCCCCGGGCCGGAGGCGGGGGCGACUGCCCCCCGCCGCGGGCGCGGGAGGCCGCAGGAGGCCAUCGCGCUGGGACGAGGAGCGGAGGGGCCUCUCUCCAGCCAUCCGCGGGCCCUCGGCCACGAGGGCGGGCUCCCCGACGCCCAGCCCCAGGAAGCUGCCCCAGAAGCCGGGAGACGCACGGAACGAUUCAGGACGUCGGCGGUGUGGGCCUCGCAUCCUCAGACCACACCGCUCAUUCAUGAACCUACCGCCCCACAAUCCAAGGAGGGGCCUGCAUACAAUCUUAAAUGAGCUGUGA